AUGGCUAAUCAAUAUAACUUGAUUAAAGACCUCGAUAAAAAGAUCAUGCAUCUAUGUGAAGCGCCUAACUGUGCUAUAAUCGGAGAUAUUAACAUUGAUAUUUUGGAAAGUUCCAAUGAUAAACGUGCUUGUGACUACUUGGACUUAACUGGUCACUACGGUUACUUCCCAGGCCAUCUGUACCCCACCCAUGACCGCACGUGUUUAGACCAUGCUAUGAUAAAAACUAAAAAUCACGCUAAGACUGUAAUAUGCAAAUCAGAUGUUCUACUGGAGACGUCAGCGGAACCCGAGUACCAGUGCGGAGGGUCCCCGUACAGGGUGCAGCGCGCCGCCGCCAACGUGCGCGAGCGCCGACGGAUGCUGAGCAGUAUAAACUCGGCGUUCGAUGAACUGCGGGUCCAUGUGCCGACGUUCCCGUACGAGAAGAGGCUCAGCAAGAUAGAUACGCUGAGACUGGCCAUCGCCUACAUUGCACUGCUGAGAGAGGUGCUGGAAGCAGACUAUGACCCACUGACUUACGUCGAGAAAUGUCUUCGUGGGGAGAUAAAAGCCGAUCGAGCUCAUUGGAAUACUAGCGACUUAACUGCCAGGCUAUCGUGGAUCAAUUGGGAGAACCUCGGCGUGAACCCUCAGCGCCGCAGCGUCCUGACUUCACUCGCUCUCAGUUCCGACAAUCUUCAAUAUGGACACAACUAACCUUUGUUUGAUGCCCAGGGCUAUAGUCCACCUAUGGUUUUAAGAUUUAUGAAGCUUCACGAUCUUCAGUGGUGUAUGGAACAGUGUGGUUUCUUCAGACCCUAAGAGCCUCGUCGUAGGCAGUAUGUGCUGACAUUAGGUAAUUCCCUAGAACUGGAUCCUACACUGAUCCUAACAUUACUUUGACCACGUCCAUAUCGAACAACGAAUUAAUCCGCAGUUUUGCAAAGCAUAAAACCAUAUGUGGACAUGUAGCCCGAUAUUUGAAUCGUAGAUCAGCCCUACCACUAGAGGCACUAGACAUUUGCUAAGCAUAAUAUCGACUAUUUAUCCUCUAUUGUAUUAUAAAUUUGAACUAGUCAUGAUUGUAAAAGUUUAAGCACUUUUUUGGGGAUUUUAUUGUGAUAAUUGGGUAUCUGACUUCGUACUAACCACACAUAAAAAAACAGUCAACAUCUAUCAUAGCAAUUCUAUUGAAAUCCAAAUCAAUCCAAAUCAUUUAAUGAUUACUUAAGUCACUCCUUAGUCAUACAAAUCCUUCACUAAGGAAUGGCUUAAGUAACCAUUAAUUGUCUCUGAGUGGGGAGGUAAGAUUGGGAUAUUUUUUUAGGAGGUAGGGAAACAUAUCACGAAUAAUUUACUUACUACAAAUAUAUUAAUGCAGUCACACAGAAUUUCAUAGGUUAUAGGUUGAUCAUUUCGUAUAAGUAAAUAUUAUGAGUAUUUUCUAAAAAAAAAAUAUUUAAGUUUAUUUUAGAGUUUAGUUGCUGAUGUGCAAUAUUUAGUGUUAAGAUAUUUA